CACUGACCACAUCACUUUACCACAUGGAAUCAGAGGUCCAAAUAUGUCUUUUGUGUUUUGCAAGUAUAUCCGGACAGUAGGCUGAUGAGUUGUGGAUAUUGUGGCAUGUCGAUUUCAUCUGGGUCGACCUGCCGCGGAGAAUGCUGUGUUUUUGCGGGGGAUGACCAGUGAAUUCAACCAUCUCUGAACUGACUCCUGUGGAGGAGCCCUCAGAGAUGGCUGCAAUGAGGAAGAGGUUCUCCUCCGUCUGCUCUUCUUCCUCGGCUGAAGAAGACAGUGCCAGCCUCUAUGACAUUUUUCCCAUUUCUGUCACUGAUCAACCUGGUGAACAAGAGCAUCCUAACGCCGCUCUACUAUGUUGUCAUCGUGUCCAAGACUCUUUGCUGAGCUCCAAUAGCAACUUCACCGGAUACAGAGGCAUCCUCAACUGGAUCAUCAUUCUUCUGGUCCUGACUCAUGCUCACUUGUUCUUAGAGAAUUUCAUACAACAUGGCUUUUUGAUAGAUGUCAAAAAAGUCUUGGAGCAUCUGAUUGAAGACAACUGCAAUUGGCCAUCUGUCAAUCUCAUAUUGGCUGCCAACAUGUUUAUUCUCACAGCUUUGUUGCUUGAGACAUAUCAGGAAAAGGGUGUGCUGUCCCCCACCCACGGUCAUGGUUUACAUCUCACAAAUCUGGGCUUGCUCCUGCUAUUACCUGCUGCAGUCAUUGUACAUGAGCAUACUCUGUCAACAGGGGGAGCGUUCUUCUCUCUCUGGUUCUACACUGCUCUAGGGAUGAAGCUGUAUUCAUACCAGGAAACUAAUCGCUGGUCCCGACAGGCUCAUGUGACUGCAGAGAGGGACAAGGAUGUUUCUGUUCUGCAAAAAGCCCACAACGAGCAGCUUACUUUCAAAGAUUUGUAUUAUUUCCUAUUUGCCCCCACUCUGUGCUACCAGCGAGACUUCCCGCGUACACCUAAGGUCCGCAUCAAUAAGCUCCUGCACAGGCUGCUGGAAAUGGUGAUCGUUAUCCAGAUCAUGGUUGGAAUUGUGCAGCAGUGGAUUGAGCCCAUCUUCCAGAGAUCAGAAAACUCCUUCUCUAGUAUGGAUAUCACUAUGAGAGUGGCGCACCUGGUGGGACUAGUGGCACCAACCCAUUUCCUCUGGCUCCUCUUCUUCUUCUUGAGUCACUCCUACCUGAAUUUCUGUGCAGAACUGCUGCGCUUUGGUGACCGUUAUUUUUAUGGAGACUGGUGGAACGCUACAACUCUUAUCACUUUCUGGAAGAAUUGGAAUAUUCCUUUUCAAAAAUGGUGUCACAGGCAUGUAUACACUCGGCUGGUGGAAAACAAUGUGCCUCCAUCACGAGCAGAGUUGCUGGUCUUCCUGAUGUCAGCCGCUCUUUUUGAGUAUAUGAUUGCUCUGCCCCUGCAUAGCUGUCGUCUGUGGGUCUUCCUCAUGAUGCUAUUUGAGCUUCUGGUUGCAGUAUUCCUCGCAAACUAUUUCCAGGGAAACUAUGGCAACGGCUUGGUGUGGCUAUGCCUGCUGCUGGGCCCUCUUCUGGCUGUGAUCACCUACUUUUACGACCACUUCAUCAGCCUCCGUCACCAUCAAUAUUAGCCAACAUCCUCACCACCGACAUCAGACCAUGGACAUCAGACCAUGGUCUUCCCAGCGCAGUUUUUCUGCAGCCUCACUUCUCAAGCGCAAGCGACUGAAAGAAAUUCUGUCCCAUUGUACUCUAGUUACAAGUAGACCAAGAGGAUACAGCUGUGGUCUAAAGCUCAGUGUAGGUCGUUCAUGUCUGUGUAAGGAUCCCUUUUGAUGCCUUGAAAACCUUUUGGAGUUAUAAUCCACAACCUCUAACCAAUUUAGUUCACUAAUCAAUAUGUUGUACAGACAAAGCGAAGACUGAAGCGUGUUGAACGCAAUCAAAGAAAGUGUGGAAUGAUUUAAUGCAGGUCGAACAGCCAAGUAAAGUUUGUAUCGGUCUUAAUGAUAGUUAAUGCACAGCAACAGUUAGAGCAACAGAGACAUGGAAGGAACUAAGGAAGGAAGUUCAUUAUGUUUAAUUAAAUGUGUUAAUCCUAUGUGUCUCAACUUUCUUGUCUGAAUAUAUAUAUGAAUAAGAUUGUAUCAAACUAUGUACAGUGGCACUGUCAUUACUUCAAUCAAAAAAUGUUUACUACUACCACAGCUAUUUUUACAACUACUGUAUGAUGAAUCAUGCUUCUAACACUCCGAAGAGUUUUUGUAUUAAAGACGGUCAUCUUA